AUGGUCAUACCUAGCGCUUCUAGUAGUGCUGAUGGUACUACUAUCAGUGCUAGGUACUACCAUCAGCACAAAAAAACGACACUAAUUGCAUUUUUUGAACUGUGUUCACAUGAUAAUUUUGCGAAAACACUGUUCUAUCAUGAAGUUCCUUCUUAUUACACCUGGGAUAAUAGCAGAGGCUGGUUAAAGAGAAGACGGGGAAAAGAUGUUCCCGGUUGGCCAGGAAUAAAAAUGGACACUGCCAUUGGUAGAAUUUACACGAUUCACCCAAAUCAAAUUUUCUGCCAACCGUCUGAACCUCAAUCUUUGUGGGAACAGUUCAGAAAUGAUUUUUGUGAAGAUAUUCUUCAUACAGAGCGCACUCGAUUAAAUGACUUGCACUUUACUUUUUCUGAUGAAAUAUUUAAUAGAGGUUUGAUUGAAAUAGAAGAUAAAGUUGUUUGUCUGUCUGAAAAAUAUUUAACUGAAUUUGGAAUGAACUCACCUGUUCGAAAUGAAAAUGCAUCUGAUCCUUUUGAAUUCUCAAUUUUGCGUUCUUACGAUAAUAACCGAUUACAAGAAUUUAAAGCAUCCUCAGGUAAAGUUGCAUUAGCAGUAGCUUCAUCUGGUAUAGCAGCAACUCUCCUUAGUGGCGGCAGAACUGCUCACUCGACUUUCAAGUUACCGUUAAAUGUAUUAUUUGAUACUGAAUACGUUUGUCCGAUUCGUAAAAAUGGCCCUCUUGGAAAAAUUCUUCAAGAAACCUCAUUCGUUGAGUGGGAUGAGUGUACAAUGAGUCACAGAUCACAUAUCGAAGCAAUUGAUCGAACAUUAAAAGAUCUUAGGUGUAAUAAUAAGUUUAUGGGUGGCAUAACAUUUGUUUUCGCUGGUGAUUUCCGUCAAACCUUACCAGUAAUCCCUAAAGGUACUCGAGCUGAUGUCAUUAAUGCUUGCUUAAAAUCUUCCCCUAUAUGGAACUAUGUUGAAAAACUUUAUUUGCGAACAAACAUGAGAGUUUAUUUAUGCGGAGGGGACGAUAUUUUUCCAGCACAGUUGUUGAAAAUUGGAAAUGGAACUUUAGAAAAUGAAAAUGGUUACAUUUCUGUCGAUCACACGAUUGGACGGGUGGUCAAUAACGUGGAAGAGUUGAUUUCUACAGUUUAUCCUGACAUUUUUAAUCUGUCCAAUAAAUCUUAUCAGUGGUUAUGUGAAAGAGCUAUUAUCUCUCCAAGAAAUGUAACAGCAGAAGAAAUUAAUGAUAUCAUCCUUCUAAAAUUCGAUGGACACUCACGUGAAUGUCUAUCUAUUGAUACAGUUACAUCAACAGAUGAUGCUAUUCAUUAUCCACAAGAAUUUCUUAAUUCUCUUUCUCCUUCGGGAUUUCCUCCUCAUAAACUAAAAUUAAAAAUUGGUGCUCCAAUUACAUUAUUACGUAAUCUUCAACCACCGAACUUAUGUAACGAUACAAAAUUACAAAUAAAAUCGUUGCGAAAUAAUAUUAUAGAAGCCGUAAUUCUUACAGGGCCAGCGAAAGGAGAAAUUGCAUUUAUUCCAAGAAUUCCCAUGAUUCCCUCUGACUUGCCGUUUUCUUUCAAACGGCUUCAAUUCCCAGUUAAAGUUUCUUUUGCGAUUACCAUAAACAAAGCACAAGAUCAAACAUUCAAGGUUUCCAUAAAAAUAAGUACUGGAAACACUGAUCCAGAUCCUAUUUUACCGGAGCUGUGUUUAUGA